AUGCCACUGUCGCCAUGUUGCUGCUUGGGCUCAAAAAAAGAUGCCUCGGAAGGGCAAAAAGAUUUUCAGAAAUCGGAAGAGAAAUAUAUUGUAGACGGAGCAGGAAAUUAUCAAGGCAAUAACUUGAGACACUGGGAAGCAUGGCUGGAGAAAAGAAAACAGAUACACAGUGUUCUUGGGAAGAAGCUGAACAAAGAGCCUGGAGAGCUUCUGAUGAACUUGGGAGAAGAAUGCCACAAAAUAAAAGAAGAAAGGGAGCUGAUUGAGUAUGCAAAUAUCAAUACCUAUUAUGACAAGUAUAGAGGCAAUCCUGAGUUCUGGAAGUUACCAUUUGGCAUCAAAGAGAGAUGCCCUCCGUCUCGAGAUCCUAUUAUGUUCAGCAAGAAAAAGAAACAAGACAUGAACCAGAUACCAGACAUAGAAUAUUUUGGCACUCCAGACCCGAUCUUGGAAGAAAAAAGUUUACUGCCCCGAUCAAGGACACUUUACAAGCGUUGGAAGAAUUCAAACUACAGGAAGAAAACAUUUUACAUAUUAUGGGAAACAAUUCAAGCUAUACAGCCACAUAAUCCAGAUAUUAAUAACCUGGUCAUCCUUGGCCAGGCUGUUAAAUGUGUCCAGGAAAAAAAGCAAAUAUGUUCACAACAUUCACCUACGUCUUUUGCUGCUGUAUCUGCUUCCACAGUUUCUCUAGAAGAACAACAUUCGGAACCUGCAUCUGCCGAGCCUAAUUCAGUCACAAGCAAUACUUUCAAAAUAAAUGGAAAAAGUAUAUCCACCGAGAAUAACUUGGUAGAUGGUUGUCUUAGAAUACGUUUAUUCUUCAGCACAAUUAUACAUUCUGAAGAUAAAAAAACUGACUAUGUCAUCUUCGACAAUAAAGGUCAAAACACUAUCAGAUUCUACUGGUCCAAAGUUGAGAAAUUCCGCACUUUCCGUGAUAUUCUUCCAAAUAGGCAGGAAGACUGUUUCUUCUUUAAUAAAAAUGAGUUAGUGCUCAUUCCAAAUAAAACCAUAAAGCUACCAGUGGUAUUUUUCACAAAAAAUCCAGGAACAUAUAACGAACUUUGGGAAAUAAUUACUAGUCCGAAGAUAUGGGGAGAUGACUUCCAGUUACUGCUUCAACUACAAGGCAUUGCUCAAAAGAAAGAUACUGGUAAGGAAGUAAACAGAAUUAAAAAUGAACUGGCGACAUUCGCAAGAAACACAGCAAUAAAAGAAUUAUUGGAUAGCAUUUUUGUUGACUGCAGUUACUCGGAUAUGCCACCAAAACUACUGAAAUUUAGUGAGAAAGACAUGUUUGAAAGCGCCAAUAUAGAACUGAUCGGAGUGGAGAAAAGAUCGAAGUAUGCAUACGACCAGCAACUUGUGGGGGAACUAAAACAAUUUUUUGAGUCUGUUAGGCAAGAUGGCGAUGAAAUUACUUGGAAUUUAUCCAUUAAGGUGUUGGAGGGAAUGGCUAUGAGAAAAGAUAUAGUCAGCUAUGUAGAAAAUCAAACUAAGCAAUAUGUAAAAGCUAGAGAAAGAAGAAUACAUCUGAAAAGAAAAUACAGUGAAACUAAGUAUGAUGAAAUAGAAAUGCCAGCACAGCAACCUACUGAGGAACCUACAAAGCCUGAAAAAUCACAUUUCAAGAAACUUAAAGCAAUUCUCCGUCAACUGGAACAGCCAUCUGUAAAGAAGAAUAAAGAACGAGAAAAACAUACAGCAGCAUUUUUUGUAAUGAGGACUUAUAUAGCGAAGAUAAGCGAAGCCUUGUAUAAUUUGGACAAGACCAGUAAACCUCCAAACUUCGACUAUCAUCCUUGCUACAAUUAUCGAAAAGUUGCAACCAUCAACGAUUUACCAGAUAGAAUGAUCUAUGAACGUUUUGAUGAUGUCUGGGUUGAAAGAAUGAAAAGAACAGUUAUAGACGAAUGUCCAGGAUUUCUUGCAACAGAAAAACCAGAGAAGAUAAAGAAUAUUUCUCCAGAGAACACCAAGCUUUUGUACAGUGCAUACUUCAACCAUCCUUUACCGGCUGACGGCAAAGGGAAGGGGAAAAGAAAAGGUCUAGGCAAGGAAGAAGUAGCUGCCCCAAAAGCACCAAAAGAGAAGGGCAAGGGUAAAGGAGAUAAAUCGAAGACAACUGGUAGGAUUUCUUCUCAGCUGAAGAUAACUACGGCAGUUAAAGAAGACUUCAAUCCUUUCAAGGAGAAGUUCUGUUUCAAUUAUGAAGGAAGUGCUUCAGAACCAGACAGUAUCGUCUCUCUUGAACAACAUACAGAAUAUGCACUAAAAGUGCCGGAAGAGUACAACUAUGACAAAUAUGUUGCAGUGUAUAGCUUACUAAGUGAAGCUAUAGAUACCAUGAUGUGUGCUGUAGAUUCUUUUCAUGAGAACUCUGUAGAUGAAGUAGUUCAACAUGAGCUACAAGAUUGUAACAUCGUCAGUAUACCACAAACGUUAGCAGAUAGUACUAGAAAAUCCACUAAAGAAACUGAAGGCGAAGGUAAUGAGGUAGAUGACGAUGCAGAUGCGUAUUAUAAUUUCCUAUUAAGAGCCAAUUUGACUGAUAACAAAAACACCGAAGAUUAUAUGAUCAAAAGCAAAGUAAAACAUGAAAUUGAAGAAGAGCCACCAGCUGAACCUCAAGAACCAUCGAAUCUUUUCAAACAGUACACGCGCAACAGAGAAGCAAUCUUAGAGCAUCACGAUACCUACGAAGAUAAAGAAAUGCAAACUAGUGUAAUUGACCUUUCUAAGCUCAAACAGAUUUCGAAUCCGUAUUUGAACCACACUAGAAGAGUGUCUAUUGUUUCUGAUAAGGUGUCAGAAUAUGCAGAGGAAGAAGAGGUUUCAGACGAGUUCUAUAUUCUAAGCAAUGACGCCUUCAGGGAAAGGCAAGACGGUGAAGCAGUAGAAGAUUGCGUAGAAGAAACCGUAGAGUUUAAAGAGCAUGGUUAUGAAAAAGAGGCAGAAGAUCAUGGAGGCAAUGGAAACUAUGGAGGUGCAGGAGAUCGUGAUAGUGAAAUAUAUGAUGAAAAGUAUGAGUUGUAA